ACAACAUAAACUAAGCUAGCGUUAGUUGUUACUUUAAUUUGACAGGAAUUAACUAGUUUGUCAUAUUUGUGUGAUAUUGCUCUAUAUUUUUUAGAUUUAGAGACUCCUUCAAUAGCAACACUCAUUUGUAACACUGUAGACAAGCUGGUUUUCUAAUUUCAACUGACAAACUUCUGCGCUUCUGGUUGUUUUCUUUGACUGCUAACUAGCUAGUGGCUAUUUAACGUGAACGCUAGUGUUGGCUGACUCCAAAGUAAGACAGUCACCUUAAGAUGUCCUCCACUGGCAGUACAGAGGAUAUUUUACAGCAGGUCAACCAGUUUUGGUCCAUGCUGGAUGAUCUUUCUCAAAAUGACCCAACAGCCUACCGCAAGUUCAUUGAGAAACAGAUGAAGGAAGGAGCUGAAUCCAGUGCACCGCCUGAGCUCGACUCUUGUUUGUGCACUGAAAUUGUGGAGCCCAAGAAAGGGCCGCUGUACAUCAACAUAUGCAGCUGGAAACGUGUGCCUGCACCACAGGAUCCCAGCAGGCCUUUACCAGUGUGUGCAGGAAACCUGGAAACAGACACAAAUGAAGGUCAAGGUUGGUAUACUGUGUUGGAUGUGGCAUUAAACCCUGCAGUGCUAAAGGAAAGUGAAAAGGACAAAACAGAAGUCUAUAUGCUGGCCCUGAGCUUUGCCCAGCAGCAUCAUGGGAUGAGGUUGUCUCAGGAGUACAAUGUCGUCAGCUGUAGCCCAAAAAGUAGCCCAGAUGACUUGUACCGCAGGCUUGGGUUUCGACAGUGGCCUAACACCUUCAAACAACCAGACACAGCCAGUCAGACCCCAGCUGCCCUUCUGCAGCAGAUUUCCUCUCUGCGCUCAGAGAAACAAGAAGAGGACACAGCUGCCCAAAUUAUCUGUAGACCUGCGGAGCACAAAAAGAAGGAGUUGAUCCAGGUCAUCUCCACCACAUUUGUGCAGCCUCAGAAGCCAGAGUACCAACUUGAGGUGAAGACCGAUACAGCAGGAGUUCCUCGCAGCGUGGAGCUGACAGUGGAGCUGCCGAAGGUUUGCUCCUUGUCAGAGAGCCAGCUAAGAAUCUCUAAGGAUGACGUCUUACUGGAAGUGGAGGAUGUCUACUAUUUGCUUUUGGAAUUCCCAAAAACUGUAAAUGAAGACACUGCGUCUGCCAUCUUUAACAAGAAGAAACGAAGGCUUACUUUGAGAGUUGAUGUUUUCUGACCAUUUGCCUUAUUGGAGAAACAAAAGAACACGGAGCUGAUCUGUCCUGCUGGGAAUGGGCUGAAGAAACUGUGAAGCUAGGACUAAAUUCUCACACUGAGAAUACCUCAAAAUAAAUAACCAAAACAAACCAAAUCCCUGCUAUACAAUCUGAAAAGCCUAAUGAAUAUAUUAUACUAUGGAGGGACUCAAAACUUCAGCUAUCAAACAAACAGUUCCCCUGUAAACUGAUCCUUUCCCAAAACCAAAAUAAUGUUUUUACUGAAACAAAUUUGUCAGUGUCCCUUUGAGCUGUGUGGGUUGAUCUGCAGCAGCAAAUCUAAUUCUUAACCCAAAAAAAUGAAUUGACUUUAAUGACAGUCUGUGGGGUUUGUUUAUUAAUGUGUGGGUGUAUGAGUGGAGGCUCGGAUGGCUAGGAGCUAGUGGACAGUGUCAUUACUGUACACCCGGGGAAUAAUUGACAACAAAAUGAUCCAUGCAAUAAUUCAUGUUUAUUAAAACAUCAAAAUUGCUGCAGAACAACAACAUCACUAUUUGGCAAUCUGGAACGUGUGAAAAAUGCCAUUAAAUACUUUUAUUUUAA